GACAGCAUCAGGCUCAGCCCAUGUGAGAUGCCUCCUCCCAAUCACAGACCACUGCUCCUGGUCCAGGAGGCUCAAAGAAUUGGUGCUGGGUAGAAAAGCACCUCAGGCCAGAACAGCUUGCAGAGUGGGCCGGCACAGCACAAGGAGGAGGAGAAGGAAGAGAGGGCAAGCUUGUGCCAAAUCCUGACAAUGGCGAAAGAUGACUCCACUGUUCGUUGCUUCCAGGGCCUGCUGAUUUUUGGAAAUGUGAUUGUUGGUAUGUGCGGCAUCGCCCUGACCGCAGAGUGCAUCUUCUUCGUAUCUGACCAGCACAGCCUCUACCCACUGCUUGAAGCCACCGACAACGAUGACAUCUACGGGGCAGCCUGGAUUGGCAUGUUUGUCGGCAUCUGCCUCUUCUGUCUGUCCGUUCUAGGCAUUGUAGGCAUCAUGAAAUCCAACAGGAAAAUUCUUCUGGCGUAUUUCAUUCUGAUGUUUAUAGUAUAUGGCUUUGAAGUGGCGUCUUGUAUCACAGCAGCAACACAACGAGACUUUUUCACACCCAACCUCUUCCUGAAGCAGAUGCUAGAGAGGUACCAAAACAAUAGCCCUCCAAACAAUGAUGACCAAUGGAAAAAUAAUGGAGUCACCAAGACCUGGGACAGACUCAUGCUCCAGGACCACUGCUGUGGUGUCAAUGGCCCGUCAGACUGGCAGAGAUACACGUCUGCCUUCCGGACUGCGAAUCAUGAUGCCGACUAUCCCUGGCCUCGUCAAUGCUGUGUGAUGAACAGUCUGAAAGAACCUCUCAACGUGGAGGCCUGCAAGCUAGGAGUGCCCGGGUACUAUCACAAGGAGGGGUGCUAUGAACUCAUCUCUGGACCCAUGAACCGACAUGCCUGGGGGGUUGCCUGGUUUGGAUUUGCCAUUCUCUGCUGGACUUUUUGGGUUCUCCUGGGUACCAUGUUCUACUGGAGCAGAAUUGAAUAUUAAGAACAAAGCGUCACCACCACACCACCUUCCUCCAGUUACUCUGGGCCCAGUGCUUCAAGCGAGCUCUCCUGGUAGAGCCCACGUCUGUGCCCCGUGGGGGCCCUGUGCCUCUUACUCGAACUGCGGAGGUAGAGGUGUACCCCUGGGCUUGCAGCCUCUCAAAAUUCUCACUAGGGUUUUCAGUCUGGUCUAGAGUACUGCAACAUUUUUUA